GACCGAAAUACGCCCAGCUCAAAUCCUCAAUCCGAGGGUUCCGACCAGCGCAAAACCCACAUCCGCCGCCGCCGCCGCCGCCGCGCUCGUGACCUCUCACCGCCGGCCGGCGCCCCUCCACGCACAGCAAUGAUGGUCCCCCUCGACCCCGCGGACAAGCCCACCUCGCAGAGUCGCAUCGCGGAGGGCGACACCGUCGUGGUGUACGAGCGCCACGACGCGAUGCGUGCCGUCGCGGUCCGCGCCGGCGGCGUGCUCCAGAACCGGUUCGGCGUCUUCCGCCACGACGACUGGAUCGGCAUCCCCUUUGGAUCCAAGGUCUUCAGCACCUCCGGCGGCGGAGGCAGGGGUGGAGGGGGCAAGGGGGGCGGCGGCGGAGGCAAGGCCGGCGGUGGGUUCGUGCACCUCCUGGCGCCGACCCCGGAGCUCUGGACGCUCGUGCUCAGCCACCGGACCCAGAUCCUCUACAUCGCCGACAUCAGUCUCGUCGUCGCCUACCUCGAGCUCGUCCCGGGGUGCGUCGUGCUUGAGUCCGGCACGGGCAGCGGCUCGCUCACCACCUCGCUUGCGCGCGCCGUCGCGCCGCACGGCCGCGUCCACACCUUCGAUUUCCACGAGCAGAGGGCUGCCUCCGCGAGGGAAGACUUCGAGAGGAAUGGCCUUUGCCGCCUGAUCACAGUCAAUGUGAGGGAUAUACAGGGGGAAGGAUUCCCAGAGGAGCAUCGAGCAACUGCUGAUGCUGUCUUCCUGGACCUGCCCCAGCCUUGGCUUGCAAUACCAUCUGUUAGUUUAAUGCUGAAGCAAGACGGUGUUCUGUGUUCUUUUUCACCUUGCAUUGAGCAAGUGCAGCGAGCUUGCGAAGCUAUGAGAUCAUGUUUCACAGAUAUUAGAACCUUUGAAAUUCUUCUUCGCACAUAUGAAGUAAGAGAUGGUGCUCUUAAGAGUGGUACUGCUGAUGAGGAGGCUACUGUAGGGCCUCUUCUGCAGAAAAGAAGAAAGUUCACAGCAGCAGGAGAAAACAUGAGCAAUGCACGGAGUAACUCCUCGAUUUUGGUUAGGCCUUGCAGCACUGCUAAAGGGCACACUGGCUACUUGACGUUCGCAAGGCUUCGCGUGUCCGAUAGCCAAACUGAAUGGUGAGGUGAUGACAACUGGAUAUGAAAUUAUCCAUAUCUAACAGCAUAGGGGUUAAAUGCGUGCAUUGUUGAGGUGCUGUCUGCCCAGGAGAUCUGUUGGGAUCAAUGCAUUGAUAUGUAAGGACCUAAAGGUCAAAUGCUGUUGUUUCAUCUGCCAGAGGGUGUUGAUCACUGUAACUUACUACUAUACCUCUGCAAGGAACCCCCUCAUAGUUCAUUUUUUCCAAAUUGCAGAAUAACUCGUUUCCUUUUCUGUUGGAUCUGAGCUUGAGAACUAUUCUAUUCAUAUAUUUCUAUGAUCGUUGUAUUGCUGUCAUUGUUGGGAUGAUAAUUCAUGGUUUACAA